GGAAUAAGAAAAAAACUCAACUUCCUGUGUUCAUGUUUCCUUCACUGCCCAUUCCCCUUACGUCCUAGUGAUUUAGGCUAAAAAAUUAAUAAAAAUGAAGUUCAACCCAAUGGUUUCGUCCUCUCGAAGGAAGGCUCGCAAGCGACACUUUUCUGCUCCCUCCCACAUUCGGAGACGACUUAUGUCAGCACCUCUUUCCAAGGAAUUGCGGCAGAAGUACAAUGUACGAACAAUGCCCAUAAGAAAGGAUGAUGAAGUACAGGUGGUCCGAGGACAUUAUAAGGGUCAACAAGUGGGAAAAGUUGUCCAGGUCUACAGGAAAAAGUUUGUAAUCUACAUCGAGAGGAUACAGAGAGAGAAAGCCAAUGGAGCCAGUGUGUACGUUGGUAUCCACCCCUCUAAGACGGUGAUUGUCAAACUAAAGAUGGACAAAGACCGCAAGAAAAUCAUUGAGAGAAGAGCCAAGGGAAGGGCUGCAGCACUUGGCAAGGACAAGGGCAAAUACACAGAGGAGACCACAACUGCAAUGGAGACCUCGUAAUUGUAUUUUAUUAAAAAAAUAAAACAUUUACUGUUUA